AUGCAUGCCUUAAAUCUUGUUCUGGAUGAUUUAUCUAUGGUUUCUGGUCUUUCUGUUAAUAAAGGCAAGAAUGCUCUCUAUUUUACUGGUGUUGAUGAUGCUAUGAGUUUUAAGCUUGUCCAAGCUAGUCAGGUACCUAAGGGUGUUCUUCCGUUUAGAUAUCUUGGGGUCCCUUUAUCUGCAAAGAGACUUGGUAUCCAGGAUUGCUUAGUGUUGGUGGAGAAAAUUACGAGUAGAAUCAAUCACUGGGCUGCUAGGAACCUUUCUUUGCUCGAUAGACUUCAUCUUGUUCGAAGUGUUAUUCAGAGUAUGCAUUCCUACUGGGGUCAAAUCUUUAUUCUUCCUGCAAAAAUUGUUCAGAUGGUUAAAGCUAUGUGUAACAAGUUUCUUUGGAGUAGUGGUCGAGACUCUAAAGCUAAGUCUCAUGUAGCUUGGAGCCAUGCGUAUUUACAAGAACUGAAUGAUUGUGCUCCUCAUGGUCAUUUUAGUAUGAAAAUUGCUUACAAGAAAUUAUUAGGGCAACAUCUUAAGGUUCCUUGGAGGGCUAUUUGGUGUAAUAAUAAGGCGACCCCUAGGAGUGUGGUGUGUAUAUGGCAAGCUAUCCUUAAUAGGCUCCCUACUAUUGAUAGAUUGUGGAUGUCUUGGAAUCCUAUGUGUAGGCUAUGUAAUGCUGCCCUUGAGACUAGAGAUCAUUUGUUUGGAGACUAUGUGUUUAUUUGGAAGGUUAAAGCUUUUGUUUACAUUGACUUUCAUUGGCCAACUUCCUUUGCUCAAGAUGUUCAUAUUAUGAAUCAGUUGAGUAAGAAGAAAUAUAAUACCAAGGAUCUUGUUAUUACUAUGUCCUGA